AUGGGGAGCGGGCGCGCGUCGGCCGUGCUGCGGGCCGCCAGGUGGCUCCUGCCGCUGGUCGUCCCGGCGUGCUGCGUCGUGUGGACGAUCCUCUUCUUCGCGCCUCCGACGCCGCCCGCGCUCGACGUGGGUCGCCGCGAGAGUUUCCACGUCAGCGUCGGGGAGAUCGUCGGCGCGACGGCGCGACGCGCCGCCGUCACGAUGCCGGUGCCCGAGCGCGAAGGUAUCGUACACGCGUCGCCGCGGCUUCCGGAGCGUCAAGAGAUCAUUGACACGUUGCCGCCACCGCCUCCGGAACGCCGAGCAAGAGCAGAAACUUCGCCACCGCCACCGCCACUGCCGCCGCCGGAGCAUGAGCUGAUCGUUGACGCGUCGCCUCCGCCGCCGCCAAAGCUUGAAGAAAUAACUGGCACGUCACCGCCGCCGCCUCAGCUGGCACGUCAAGGGCGUCAGGGACGAGCGGCGAAUCGGGCGGCCGCGGCCGACCGGUGCGCCGGUCGGUACAUCUAUGUUCAGGAGCUGCCGAGCCGGUUCAACGCCGACCUGCUCCGCAACUGCCGGUCCCUGUCGGAGUGGACGGACAUGUGCAGGCACGUCGCAAACGCCGGCAUGGGCCCGCGGCUGACGCGCACCGGCGCCGUGCUCCCGGCCACCGGCUGGUACGACACCAACCAGUUCACCCUCGAGGUCAUCUUCCACGGCCGGAUGCGGCAGUACGGCUGCCUGACCGCCGACGCCUCCCGCGCCGACGCCGUGUACGUGCCCUACUACGCGGGGCUCGACGUCGGCCGCCACCUGUGGGGCUCCAGCAACGGCGCGCGCGACGCGCUCGCCGAGGACCUCGCGGGCUGGCUCCGCUCCACGCCGGCGUGGGCGGCGCGCGGCGGGCGGGACCACUUCCUCGUCGGCGGCCGCAUCGCGUGGGACUUCCGGCGCCAGGACGGCGGCAACUGGGGCAGCCGCCUGCUGCUCCUCCCGGAGGCGGCCAACAUGACGGCGCUCGUGCUCGAGUCCGGCCCGUGGCACGCCGGCGACGUCGCCGUGCCGUACCCGACCUGCUUCCACCCGUCGCGCACCGCCGAGGUGGCCUCCUGUCAGCGGGCCCUCCGGCGCGCGCGGCGCCCGUGGCUGUUCGCGUUCGCCGGUGCGCGGCGGCCCGGCGGCGCGGGCGGCGGCGGCACCCUGCGCGACGCCGUGAUCGGCCAGUGCGCGCGGUCGCGGCGGUGCGGGCUGCUGCAGUGUGGCCGCGGUCGGCGACACGACUGCUACGCCCCCGGCAACGUCGUGCGCCACUUCAAGAGCGCGGCGUUCUGCCUGCAGCCGCCGGGGGACUCGUACACGCGGCGGUCGGCGUUCGACGCCAUGCUCGCCGGCUGCGUGCCGGUGUUCUUCCACCCGGGCUCGGCGUACACGCAGUACCGGUGGCACCUGCCGGCCGACCACGCCAGGUACUCGGUGUUCGUGCCGGGGGACGGCGUGCGCAACGGCACGGUUCGGGUGGAGGACGUGCUCCGGCGGUUCAGCCGGGCGGAGGUGGCGGCCAUGAGGGAGCAGGUGAUCAGGAUGAUCCCCAGCAUCGUGUACAGGGACCCGAGGGUCCCCGGCGACGGGUUCAGGGACGCCUUUGACAUCGCUGUCGAUGGCAUGAUCGAGAGGGUUAGCAGGAUCAAGCGGGGACUUCCUCCCUGGGAGGAGGACCGUGAUCAGCGCCGGUGGGAUGGCUACUUCGACAGCUGGUGAUCAUGUGCUGCUCUCUCAAAUGCUCAUGCACACCGUUCUUGAUUUCAUUUGAAUACCUUGGCUA